AUAUCUAAUAGUGUAAGGGAAAAGAGAAUUUUAAGUUAUUAUAUUAGUUGGCUUGCGUUUCGGAAAGAAGAAUGAAAAAUCUUCGGUGGUGGUUUUAGAGGGGUAAUAUUUGUUCUUUUUUUAUGGGGUGUAAGCUGGGUUGAAUGGGGCCGUCGAUGGUUAGCUAGGGCAAACCAUAAAGAUAUUGGGUCUUUGUAUUUUGUUUUUUCUCUGUGAGCAGGUUUAGUUGGGACUGGGCUUAGUGUCUUAAUUCGUUUAGAGUUAUCAAUACCUUUAAGGUUAUUAAAAGAUUUUCAGCUUUACAAUUUAAUUGUAACUAGACACGGGUUAAUUAUAAUUUUUUUCCUUGUUAUACCCAUAAUAAUGGGCGGGUUCGGAAAUUGGCUGGUGCCUCUUAUGUUAAUUGUACCUGACAUGGCCUUCCCUCGUAUAAAUAAUAUUAGUUUCUGGGUGUUACCAAGAUCUAUGUUUUUAUUAUUUUGUUCAAUGUUUAGAGAGGGGGGGUUUGGUGGGGGAUGAACACUUUACCCUCCGUUGUCGAGAAAUAUAAUAGGACACUCUGGUGCGGCGGGAGACUUUUUAAUUUUAUCCCUUCAUAUUGGAGGGGCUUCAUCUAUUAUAGCUUCUCUAAAUUUUUAUAGAACUUGGGGUAACAUGCGUGCAGGAUGUCACCCGUUUCAGCGAGUUCCUCUUUUCUGUAGGUCUAUUGGAGUUACCAGAUUUUUAUUAAUUUUAGCAAUGCCAGUUUUGGCGGGGGCUUUAACAAUGCUUUUAACUGAUCGUAAUUUUAAUACUGCUUUUUUUGAUCCUACUGGGUUGGGAGACCCAAUAUUGUUUGUUCAUUUGUUUUGGUUUUUUGGACACCCAGAGGUCUAUAUUCUUAUUCUUCCUGCCUUUGGAAUUAUUUCACACGUAGUAAAAGUGGGAGUAGGAAAAGAGCGGGUUUUUGGAAAACUGCCUAUGUUUUAUGCAAUACUGUCUAUUGGAUUCUUAGGGUUUAUUGUUUGGGGGCAUCAUAUAUUUACUAUAGGAAUAAAUGUUGAUGCUCGAGCAUUCUUCAGUAGGUUAACAAUAGUUAUUGCGAUUCCAACUGGGGUUAAAGUAUUCAGGUGGUUGGGUACUAUAUGAGGAGGUGUUGUCCGAGAUUGACCUAUAAUAUAUUGGGCAGUAGGCUUCCUUAUUUUUUUCACGAUCGGAGGAUUGACGGGAAUUGUUUUGUCAAGAGCUUCUUUAGAUGUUGUUUUACACGACACCUAUUAUGUCACAGCUCAUUUUCACUAUGUACUUAGGAUGGGGGCGGUGUUCGGGAUAUUUGCAGGUUUUCACUUUUGGUUCCCUUUAGUUACAGGAGUUGGGCUUCAUAAACUUUGAAGAAAAAGGCAAUUUGUAUCUUUAUUUUUAGGAGUAAACUUUACAUUUUUUCCUCAGCAUUUUUUAGGACUUGGGGGAAUACCCCGACGAUAUCCAAUUUACAUGGACCAAUACUACUUAUUUAAUUAUAUUUCGAGAUGAGGUUCGUCUGUUUCUUUAUUUAGAAUGUGUUAUUUCCUUUGAAUUUUGUAUGAAGCUCUUAGCUUUCAGCGGUGUUUAAUUUUUCCUAUGGUAAACAAGUCUGAGUCAGAGUGAGGACAUCGAGGUUUUCCAGUGGGUUACCAUGGUCAGUCUCAGCGAGGAGUAUCAUUUGCUUCAAAAGGACCUGCAGGAGGAAUCCAAAAAAUAAUGGGAAAGAUAAAAGGUAAAUUUAAAGGUUUAUAA